UCCCCCCCUCCCACCCCCCAACCAGGGGACAGCCGAGCACUGCAACAGCAUGCAGGGGCUGCUGCUGUGUGGGGGGUGGCUGCUGGCUGCCGGCUACGUGCUGGGUGGCUGUCGGCAUCGCUGCUGCCCAGGCAGGAACAACUCCUGCUGGGCCACCGGUGUCCGCCGCACUCGCUGCUACUGCGACUCGUACUGUGAGCGGACAGGGGACUGCUGCCACGACUACCAGGCUGCGUGCCGCCGUGCCGCAGUGGGCUGUGCAGUGGGGCCCUGGGGACCCUGGAGCAGCUGCAGCUCCCCAUGUGGGGUGGGCAGCAAAGAUCGCAGCCGCCAGGUCACUGUGCCCCCCCGACAUGGAGGGGAGCCCUGCCCUGACCUCAAGCAGCGCCGUGGAUGCCUGGGGGAUGACCCGGCCUGUGGGGCUGCCAAAGGGGUGGCCAAACUGCUCCCCGAUUCCUUCAGCCCAGACAUCAGGGAUCCCUGGCGCAGAACUGGGAUGCAGCGGUCAGAGGAGCCACCUAGUUCCCACCUCCCCAUCUCCUGCAGCUUUUUCCGCCUGACGCAGGUGGCAGCUGCCUGUCGUGGGCAGCCCUGGAGCCGCCGGCUACAGCGGGACAGGCAGGUGUGUGUUGAGUGCUGGGGGGACACAGUCCAUGGGCAUCCCCGGUGUGAUGGAUACGGGGUGCAAGGAGCCAGGACGUUUUGGGUGGCCACCUCCAUAGCAGGGUGCCAGGGCUCAUGGGUGCGGGAGGCUCUGCAGGAGGGCUGUGCCUGUCCCCCCCCAGCAUUCAUCUUUGUGUAGGUGAGCAGAGCCCAGCUCCUUUAAGGGAAUCUCGGCUGCUUGGUGUGGUGUGAGGAGAGCAAUUAAAGCUGGCACAGAAAGCAA